AUGAAAACUACACUUUUUAAUGGCCCAUAUAUUCCUGACAUUGAUGCUGGCUACAAUGUUCAGGUAAAUGGAAUUAGUGUUAACUUUCUUAAAAAUCCAUUUUGCUUUAGAAACAAUACGAUAGGAAGUACAGAUUACAGUAUCAAAGAACUAAAAUACAUAAAUUCAAAGAAUACAACAUCAUCAAAACAUAUUAAUCAGCAAAUGUGGAAUUGUGGAAAUAGUUUAACUGAUACAAAUUCCAUAGAACUUCAUAAAAAUGAUCAAGUUACAUAUGAUGGGAGCUAUAUUUACUCUGAACAAGUUUAUAAAAAAGAAAAAUAA